UAAUCUUAUAUUGUUACAGAUGAAUAGCAGGAACAACCCUCGUGUGAUAGAUGACGGACGGGCACGGAAGUUAGCCUCAGACCUCAAGCGGUGUUCCUACUACGAAACUUGCGCGACUUAUGGGCUUAACGUCGAGAGAGUAUUCCAUGAUGCGUGUUCCAAGAUUGUGGCACAACGCCUCAGCCAACAGGGUCUAACCCCCAACAACUCUAGACCUGGGACUCCCACACACCUCUUGCGGUAUCCUUCCACCAACAACGGUUACACCCCUGCACCCUACUCCAACACCUCUGCCCCCCUCACCCCACAACUUGCCUCAGGCCAGCAGGUCACCCCACCCAUAUCUGGCUCUUCGCCUAGUCAUGUAUACCAACACAAUUACUAAGGAUGGAACUUUAAGAAGUAGUCACGGGAGCGGAGCAGAGUUAACUGCAAUGACAAGAACAGACUCUUUCCGUGACAGCGGUUACAAGCGUGUGAGUGCCCCAGGUGCCGUCACCACUGCAGCCUUUAUGGCACCUCCACCUCCACCAAACACCACACCAGCCAGUAUUAUUACAGAUACUUUACCUCCACCUAGGGAUAACAAAGAUCUACCCACUCCAAGUUCUACUCCAACUACAUCUCGGAAAAGUCGGAGAAAGUCUAACCUCUUCACUCCAUCAAAGAAAAGUGAUGAGAAAGAUAAAAGUAAAAAUGGAGAAGUAGGAAGUGGACGUGCCAUCCCAAUAAAGCAGGGUCAUUUAUAUAAAAAGUCUAAUAAGGCUCUCAAUAAAGACUGGAAGAAGAAAUAUGUCACAUUAUGUGACAAUGGCAGACUGACUUACCAUCCAAGUUUACAUGAUUACAUGGAGGAUGUACAUGGGAAAGAAAUUUCUCUUCAAUAUACCACAGUUAAAGUCCCAGGCAUGAAACCAAGAGGAUCUAAAGUUGUGGCUGGAAGUGGUGGAGGUGAUCCCCUCUCCUCAGAGAUGCACACUCUCAACAUUACCUCGGGUGGCACUCCAGGACCACCCCUUGCUGGCAGAUCUUCACUUGGUGGUCCCAUGCAGUCAAAUAAAGACAAGGUAACCCUGAUGUCCUAUGAGACACUUCACGACCCAGCUGGAGUCAAUGGUCUGGACUCGGCCAGCAUUUCCUCAAAGAUCGAAACUCCAAAUGUUAAAAAGAGACACAGAAGAAUGAAAAGUAGUGGAAAUAAAAAUGCCGAGUGUGAAGACUCGGAUGGAUACGAAUUCAGUUUGGUAUCCCUGGACAACAAACAAUGGCAUUUUGAAGCAGUGAGUCAAGAGGAGAGAGAUGAAUGGGUGACAGUCAUUGAACAACAAAUUCUCUGCUCACUUCAGGGCAAUGAGUCUAAUAAGAGCAGGACUCGGCAGGCACAUCCAAUUGAUCCACAAACUAUAUCCACUAUAAAAAAUCAGGUCCCUGGGAACAUGAAUUGUGUGGACUGCGAUGCCCCAAAUCCUGAGUGGGCCAGUAUCAACCUUGGAGUGUUGAUGUGUAUAGAGUGUUCCGGUAUCCAUAGAAAUUUGGGUUCCCACAUAUCAAAAGUGAGGUCACUUGACCUUGAUGAAUGGCCGCCUGGACCUGUAACGGUAAUGAUGUUACUUGGUAAUGAAGUUGGGAACAAUAUAUGGGAAGCUCACUUAAGAGGUCAAACCAAGCCUAACCCCCGGUCCUGUCGAGAAGACAAAGAACGCUGGAUUAGAGCCAAAUACGAAGCAAAAGAGUUCUUAGCCCUUCCACAGACUGGCAUUCCUCUAAAUGAACAGAUUGUAGAUUGUGUAUGUCGUGGAGAUGUCAAAAGGUUGUCAGCUUUGCUUCCCCAUGCUGGCGAUGCAGUCAACAGCCCUCUUGCUCCUCACCGGGACCUACGAACCCCACUACACCUUGCUGCUGCCUUCCCCUCAUUGCCCUGUGUACAGCUCUUACUCUGGUAUAAUGCCAGUGUAAAAAUUUGUGAUGCUGAAGGCAGGUCAAGCUUAUUUUAUGCCCGGACAGCUGGGGAUAAGGAAGUAAUUGAUCUUUUGCUACAAAAUGGUUGCCCAGAUACUGGGCUUGUAGCACCACCAAUGACACCUCAUACACCAGCUCUCAGCCACUCCACUCUCUCACUAUCAUCAAAUACCACCCCUCAACCCUCAACGUUACCACGGAGGAAAGGAUCCAUAAGCCGAAAGCCAGAUCUCGACAAACUUCAAGCUAGUGUUAUCUAGGAGUGUCAACAUGUAAUACUUGUUUCUGUGGUUCAAAGUUGUUGAAAUUUGAUAGUGUAAAUUGACUAAUAAUUCAAAGUUGCUGCAGUCUCAUUGUGAUUCAGGGUACUUAUAAUCCAUGAUUAUACUAUAGUUUGAAUUUGCUGCAGUUAAGUGAAACUUCAUCUUUCUGUCUCUGUACUGUAUAUUGUUUCUCAUAGUUAAAUAUCACCCACAAUCCUCUUUCAAACUCAUUGGUCAACUACCUCACCACAUUAUUUAGAGUCAAAGAUCCAGUAUCAGUUAAUGUGGAUACUUAUAAGUAAAGCAGUUGUCUUUUAUCUGCAUUUUACGAAAUAACAAUAUAGGUGAAAGAUGAAGGUGCUCUCAACUGUUAGGUCACCCUGGUAGAUAAUGAAGAAGUGAGAUAGCAAGGAACAAUAUACAAUUUGGAAAUGUUAUACUGUAAUAAAGUCUGAAAAAAGAAGUUAAAUUAUUAGAAUAGAAAUAUACAGUAUACUGUACCAGGCCAAUAAGUGAUAUUUUCAGGAUACAGUAUAGAAAUAUAGCCAAAAAGAAUUACAGUACAGUAUAUAAGAAUGGGAGGCCAUUAGGGAAACUUUUUGUUAAUAAUUCUAUAUAUAUAUAUCUUCCGGUGACUAUUUCAUUGAGUGAUUACAAUCACCCUGUUGAUUACUUAUGUUUACACUAUCAGAUUCCUUACAACUUUCAAGAAUAAUAUAAAUAUGACAAGUGACUACCAGUUAUGGCAGGCAGGACCACCUAUUUAAGGUUUUAAGAACCUUGAUCCUUACUUCUUGGGGGAAACACAUCACUCAUAAAACAACCAGAUACUGUAUAAUGACCAUUAUAUAAUGUGUUUUCAUUGUCAACCUGUGAUUGUCAUAGAUGUGUUUACACCAUUUUUUAUGGGAAAACACACAACAUUUUGGAGAUACUCAUAAUUUCCUAAAUAUUCAACAAGUAUUCCUUAAACUUGUGAGAAGUUAGUGAUGAUUGUGAAGUUGUACAUACGAAAAUGAGCAUACCAUGAACCCAUCUGUAAACAUUAUCAUCCUGCACCCUCGAGUGUCGUCUAUCAUGGUUGUAUAUAUCCUGAACAAUGAAUUGUACCAAAGGUUGAAUGCGAGUGAGAUAUAUAUUGUAGAUUUAUGUAUGUAUUGGUUCAAUCCAAGUGUAAAGAUGAUUAUCCUGCUCAAGAUACAAAUGUAUGAAGCCAAAGUUCAUAUAAUCCCUGUAUUAGAGGCGCAUCAAGAAGAUGUGUAGAUUAUCUGCUGGCAAGUUGGAGGAAGAUCACUAUCGCACACAGCAGCUGAGCUCAUUAGUGAGUAAAAGGCCAGAAUUAAAAUGAUAAAGGAAAUGGUAGAAUGCUCUACUCUUUUGUAGUGAUUGGUUCUUUUUAAUCUUAUGAAGAAUCUUAAGACUGCCAAUGUUAGACUAAAGUUAGAUUGCCAUAACCAUUUAUUUUCCAUCUUCAAUGUUUUAUUUUAUGAGUCAUUGUCAGUCACCUAGCUAGGAUAGUGUGUCGGUUGUUAUUUUCUUCCAUCAAUGUGCCGUUUUCUUUGUUGUGCUUUCAUGUUACAGUCGUCUCUCUAAUUCCAACCUCUAGUAACUAAACAUGGCACAGAUUACAGAGCAGAUUAUCUAGAAAGUUACUUUCAGUAGUAUUUUUCAUCCAUGUCAGUCAUUCAGUUGAGGCAGAAUUGGCGAGAGGAUUGUAUAAGGAGGAUAUUGUUAGUGUACAAAUCUUGUUACUUAGCUAUCAUCUGUAAAUUUGUAUAUAUAUAUAUGACCUGUCCGUUCUUCCUAGCCCUGUAAUCUCAAAGAAUUCCUCCUUUUUAUUAUACUGUGAAUAUAUUUGUGGAAAAAUUGUCAUACCAUAUGCAGUACAUAGAAAAGAAUUCAUACCUCAUAUUUCUUCACAUUAUUCGACUGUUUUGCAUUAUAUAUGUAUGAAUAAGUUGUAAUGAGAUCAGUAGUUAGUAUAGAGAUUAUUUAUCAAAAGUUUUCCUAAAAUUCUUUGUACCUGUAAAAUGUUUAUAAAUUACAGUAUCACAGUGCUGAUCAAGUUACAUACAAACUAAAUCUAUUCAUCUAGACCCCUACUUAUCAAUGUGAACCUCAGUUCUUAACACUGGCAGUGUCGCCAAGUCUCAGUGUCUAAAUUGGGACACAAAGCUUUCCAAAGUACACAAGUCAUCUCCCGCAAGUGAAACUGUAGGUCUUAUUGUGACUUACAUAACACUUACAAGUACUGUAAGCUCCUUCUGUGUUUACUUGUAUUUAUUACAGACUCAACAUCAAUAAAGCAAGAAAAUAA